AUGGAAAAUGAGAAACAUGAAAAUAUGCUAAUGCAUAUUGCCCGGGACUUUAGAUCAAUAGACGAUUUAGUGGAUGUGUUUUUAUCGUUUUUGGAAAAUAAAACUGAUUAUUUUCAUUUGAUGAUGAAUGAUGAUGAUAUACAAACAUUAUCAAAAAAGUAUGAUGGAGAUAUUGCAAAGGUUAUAUUAAAUAAUAAUACAUGUGGGUUUAAGGCGAAUAGCAGAGAAACCGAAUUAAUGAAAUUAUUUAGAAAACAUCAAUUAAAGUAUAUAAUUAAAAACCAACCAUAUAUAAUUGAAAACGAAGAUAUGAGAAAUAAAUAUUUGCCGCCUUGUGAUGAAUUAAAUAAACUUAGUAACAUCCAAAUUGCAAAAGCAAAGGAUACCCAAAAUGCGGCACAAAGAAACAAUCGAAGCAUUCACACCCCAGCGUAUGAUUCCAUCAACGAAAAACACAUAUCAACAUGGAACGGAGGAAGGACGGAAAAGUAUUUUUGGAACCAAUCCUUAAAUGAAAUUAAUUUAGAAAUUCCAUUAAAUAAGGAAAUAAAACCUAGUGAAAUAAAAGUUGAAAUAACUAAUAAACAUAUAAAAGUUCAGCAUUUAAAUGAAGUAAAAUUAGAAGGAAUGUUCUAUGAAGAGGUGAACAAACAGGAAUGCAUGUGGAAUAUCGAAGAUAAAAAAAAAAUUAUUAUAUUUUUAGAAAAAAAGAAAGAAAAUUGGUGGUCAUAUGUAAUCAAGGGAGAUCCAGAAAUCGACACAACGAAAAUCGAAUCAAAAAAAAAUUUAACAGAUUUUGAUGAAAAGACCCAAGGAGAAAUAAGAAAAAUGCUAUAUAAACAAAAAAUGAUGAACGAAGGAUUGAAAUCCCCUGAAGAAUUAAAAGAGCAAUUUUUGUUAAAAAAUGUAUUGGAUAAUAAAGGGCUUCCAUUUCCCAAAUAA